GCCUCUUCUCCUUCACCGCGGCCACACGGCGCGCGAACCACCGCCACCAAGGCGUAAGAGGACACUGCGCCCCGACCGUGCGAAUCCUCCGCUCGGGCCACUGGAGGCCCCCAAGCGGCCUCUGGGAAAAGGGACCCCGUAAAAAUUUCUGGCUGGGGCUGGAUUUGAACCCACCACCUCCAGCAUAUGGGGCCGGCGCCCUACUCAUUCGAGGCACUGGAGCCACUGAUGCUGCCAAAACCUGGGAUCUAUUAUCUCCCCUGGGAGGUCAGUGCUGGCCACAUUCCUGAUGGGAGCACAUUAAGAACAUUUGGCAGGUUGUGCCUCUACGAUGUGACCCAGUCCAGAGUGAAGCUGUUGGCCCAGCACGGAUCUGAUCAGCACCAGCUGCUGGUCUGUACCAAGCUGGUGGAGCCGUUCCAAGCGCAGGUGGGCUCGCUGUACCUUGUCCUGGGGGAGCUCGAGUACCAGGAGGACAGAGGCUGCGUGGUGAAGGCCAGAGUGCUGACUUGUGUAGAAGGGAUGAAUGCGUCCCUGCUAGAGCGAGCCAUCCAGGAGCAGAGGCGGUACCAGCAGGAGAGGGGCAGCGGCCCGUAACAACACUCCCACAGCUUCUCCUGAGGCCAAACCUGCAGGAACUAUGGAGCCCCAGAGAGGUGUCCGUGCUUCCCGAGUGACAGCCUUUGUCUGGAGCCAGAGCAAUGGGGGACAGGGUGGAUAAUCCAGCUCCUUCCCCUAAUUUGAGGUUGGCCCAGGAAUGAGGGCCCAGAGAGCAGGUGCCUGAAUCUGACACCCCCAAGGAGAUUGCAGGUGGCUGAGCUCUAGGAACUGGGGCUGUGCCUCGU